ACCGUCAGUACGGUGAAACUUGCAGCGGCCGCUGGUAAUUUCAAUUACCCAGAUGCUGAUUCGGGAAAUGCCGCUUUUCCCAAUCCUGCCAGGCCAAGCCCGCCGCCAAGACCCUGGCGGUUGGACCUUGGCUCGCCUGGGAAAAGAAUACUGAGAAGAUCCAUCAAAUUUGCUCUCGAAAAGGGUGUUCCUCUUAUCGGGUUGUCCUGUGUGUUCCAGCCUUGCAUUAGAUAUGAAGUCUAUCCAGUCAGUCAAUUUAUACAAAAGGAGAAAAAUAUCGCAAGCCCUUCCUUAUCUGCUGCCAAGCAUCUGGGGUCAACCGUCAAGGAACAUGGCGCAAGAAUACGCCACGCUUUGUCCUGCUCGUUCCUCUUUUCCCCUUUGUCCACCACACGAUCUCCGUCUCAAAAUUGGGGGUUUGGAGUCGUCCUCUGCUUUCUCGGACCAGUAUAUCCGCCGUUGUCUGACUGUCUCACAUUAUUCAAACUGGUCAUAAUGUUUCCCCUGGUGGACUAAUUCUAGUUACCUACUAGUUGGUUAGUCUCUACCUGGUCAGGGUUCGGAGGUGGAGUCCCUGGCCCUCUUCAUUGGAUCACCACAUCGCCUAAGACGGUGUCUUCCCGGAGAUUCCAAGUAGGGCAGACACCACAAUGGUUCUACUAAGCUACUAGUCAAGAACAUGUCUCACUGGCCCCCUCUUUCCCCCGAAUUCGACCCAUCGGAAUGGCCGGUUCGCUCAUCUGCCGCUCUUUGUGCCUGGCAGAAGCAUUAGCCCCAGCUCGUGGCAGCG